UGGAAAUAUGUAUAUUGAAAGAGAAAUUGAACUGAAUUGGAUAAAUAAGUUAAUGCCAUUCUUGACACACAAAAGCUGCAAAGGUGGUUUAAUACAACCUCACCAUCAUUAUUUCCCUCCAUAGAUUUACCACACCCAAUCAAAUGAAUGGAUGUUUUUUAACCACUAACCUUUUUCUGACUAUAUAUGUUUAUAGCUGUUUUGUGUCUACUUAGAUGCUGUUUUAUAAUUAUGAUUUCUGGCCUUUGAUUGAGAUUUUGGUACUAUCUAAAACAUGAACCGCAGGUAAAUAGUAUCUAGUAACAAAUCAUGUAUUAUUCCUUUUUAGUAUUGCUUUGGAGGAAAGGCAGUUUCUGUAAGCUUCCUGUUAGCUGGGCUGACACAGGUUGGGUUGGUCAGUGUCAAGCUUGGUUUAUACUCCCACCAGGGAUCUAUGCAGAGUCUAAGCCAUAGUGGACAAGUGUAAGCAUUCAUAUUUGUGCACUGGUGUGUCAAUAAUGCUCUGUAUUUAGGCUGCUAAACACUAGACCACAGCUAGUCAGCUAUGUUGAGUUUUUCUGUGUGCUUCAAACAACAGUGAUUGGAAGAAAGUGUCUUAUGCUGGAGGUAAAAUGAAUAAAUGUUAUAGAACUGUUACUUUUACUGAAACUGAAAUAAUUUCAAUGCACAAAACAACAACAAAAAAAGAUCUGAGAGGUGGUGUGUUGGGGCCAAAUGAGUAGCAUUUUGCCCCUGUCUGGCUACUUUGAGACAUGAAUGAAGAAAUGCAUUUUAGACUAAUUGCAACAGUGGCCUAUCGCAACUUCUGGUUACAUUUCAAGGGAGGUGUGGGGCAGACAAAGCUGUAAAUUUGACACAAAACCAUUCAUCUGACAUUCACUGCCCUGUCAGGAUGAAUGAAUGAAUGCCCCCAUUACCACUCCAGCCUAACAACAGUGAUUGGUGUGGUCAUGCUAGGUAGCAGUGCCAACCACAGCCAGCCAGUGCUGUCUGUAAGAAAUCUGUUUUUAGAGGUUUUCAGCUUCUGUAGAUUCUGCAAGAUGAGUUGUGGGUUGGUGAGUAGGUUGACCCCUGUUUGUAGAUUCUCAUCUUACUGUUUAUGGAUUGCUUUUAGCCAAAUGGGAUCUGUGUUAAGUUGCUGCUAACUGAAAACAAAAGUUUCCUUCUUUUACUACAUUUAACUGUAGUAAAAGACUUUGUGUGUAGCGCAGCAAAAAUUUUAGCAAAUUUCUUGUUUGUUUAGCUUGAAGAAUGUUUAACUGGUUUGAGAUAGUCCUUUUUUUGAAACCAACAAAACAAGUGAAAAUGUUGUCAUGUCGUUUUUUUAAGAUGAGACACUAUAUAGCUGAUGAAAAAAAUAAAAUCACCACAAUGGGCCCAUGGCUGCUGUAUGCUUCUGUUUAGCAGUGAGUUAAUGUGUAACGACAUUAUAAAAACAGUAUCUGUAAUGUGUAUAUAAUACAGCACUGGGGGCCAUUCAACUAUAAUAUUAAAUGGAGGACUUUGUUACAAUAUCUAACAGAGGAAUUGGUGUCUCCAGUUGGUAAAGCAGCUUUCUAGUAGUUGUACAUUCCCCACACCCUGAUGUCUCUGCCAGUUAAUGAAAAAAUUGAUUGGGUGAUUUAAAGUUCUUGAAACUAUUUUCCCAUCAUUGUUUCUUCUUCACUCGAAACACUUCAAGCAUUCUAAAUAAAUGCCUUAAAGUCUACAGAUUGAUGCGGGAUUUUGUGAAAUUGCAGAUAUCCUGUGGUUUACUGUGUGAGGUUAGGUUCCUGCCUGCUCAAUGUUCACUGUAAUAGUUAGUGACUCAGAACAUGGCACAGGAUGUGUGUCGGAGUUGACAAAAAAAAAGUGUGACGUUGUGUGCACAAAUACUUGAUGGAAAAAGAAAGUAACUUAGACGUGCUUCUAUAAGAAAGAAACUGGGUUGUGGAAGUUUGUAUGCAUAUCUUCACCCUGCAUUUUGUCUUUUCUACUGCUACAAGCUGACAUUUUCCUCCCAUACUCUUCUAUCAACCCUUAACUAGAGUAUUGAUGCAGAGGAUCAGUAUUUUUUCAGUUUGGAUGUACGUGCUGAUAAUUAGAUAUCAACGUCCAUUUACUCUCUGUUAUUUCUUUUUUCAUACAGUCCAUGUUAAACUUGACAUUUAUGACAUGUUUUCAUUCAUUUGAAUAUUUUCUACAUAAAGUCUACAGUAUGGACACUGUUUCUCCGAUCCUGCAAGAUCAGAUCUCUGAGCUGCUGAAGCCCCACAGAGUUUGCCUGGUGUUGCCUGUUAUACUGAACCCUUCAAGUCAACAAUGUGUGAGAUCAGUCAACAGGUUUGUGGUACUGAGUCUAUGGAGAGGUUUCCUGAUUAUAAACAAGCAUCCUAUCAGGGUGGAGAGCACAUUCAGCUACCUGGAGAUUUGCUCCAUCAACAUUCACAGUCUCACAGAGAUUGUGUUGGAGACAGACAGGCAGACUCUGUCUUUCAGUGUCUUGCGUGUUGAAGAUCUUGAGGCCAUGAUCGGUCAUAUGAUAGCCUCACUGAAGAGGAUUUUCCCUGAUUCUUCUCCAGGAAAACUGUUAAAGAAAAUUCCUCCGGAUCUCCUCAAGAGACUCUUCACACUGACUGCUGUGAUAGAAGAAAAGCUGAACAGUCAGUUACGUCCCUGUGGGGGAUUUUCCGAUACUUAUGCAGCUUUGUGUGAUUUCAAUGACAUGCCAAUUAGAGAGGAGAUUCAGUGGGAUGUUGACAACAUCUACUAUAUCCACAACUCGAGACAGUUCAAUCUGCAGGACUUCAGCCACUUAGAUAGCAGGGACUUGGCAUUGGCAGUAGCGGCUUUAUCCUUCAACCAGUGGUUCAUGAAGAUCUACUCCAAAGAACUACGAUUGUCUGUGGACGUCCAGCAACAAUUGACUUUCCUGCUAUCCAGAUCUUCAAGUUUGCGAGAGCUCUCACUAGAGGGCAGUGGACUGAAACCGGACUUUGCAGUCAAAAUGGCAGCUGCCCUUCGAGAGAACACUUCUUCUACCCUUCAAUCCAUCAAUCUCGCAGGCAAUCUGAUUGAAGACAAAGGUGUAGUAGCUCUGAGUCAGGAGCUGGAGAACCGGAAUGAAGGACUCAAGCACCUUUCUCUGUCCCGGGUAUCAAUGACUGCUAGAGGUCUUGGAUGUCUCUGUCAGGUCUUGUUCUCCAAUCAGAUGUUCUCAGCAUCUCUGACCCAUCUUGAUCUGUCUGGGAACCCCAGCAGCCUAGUAACGGAGGCAGCCACGUAUCUCUUCAAGUUCCUGUCCAGUGCAAACUCUCUGUCUCAUUUGGAUCUCAGUGAUACCAACUGCCCUCUGGACACAUUAUUUGUGAGCCUGUCUGCUGGAUGUUACAAACUGAUACACCUGAACUUGGCCCGGAAUCCUUUCAGCCACAGAAAGGUGCGAGAAGUGACCAAGAGCAUUCAAGAGUUCUUCAGCCAGAGCUGUGAGCUAAAAUUUGUGGGCCUAUCUGCAACCAAGCUGCCUCCACAAGCAGUCAGGUUAUUACUACAGGGUCUGGCAACAAACACCCGUCUCUUUGGGCUGGAGUUAGACCUCAGUAGCUGUGAGCUACGUUCAGCAGGUGCCCAGGUGAUACAGGAACACAUCUCUGAAGCCACAGCAAUCAGAAGUCUGGAUAUCUCUGACAACAGUUUUGAGAGUGAUAUGGUGACACUGGUCUUGUCACUUGGUCGAUGUCAGUCUAUCCGGCAUCUUGCACUAGGAAGAAACUUUGCCAUGAAGUCAAGAGCUCUAAGUGAUGUUCUUCAUCGUAUCGCCCAACUUAUUCAGGAUGAAGAGUGUCCUUUGCAAUCUCUAUCAGUGUGUGACUCCAAGCUGAAAACAGGGAUGCACAUCCUACUGAGCGCUUUGGGUGGCCACGCAACUCUAGCUGAACUAGACAUCAGUGGAAAUAACAUUGGAGACAAUGGAGCCAAAAUGCUGGCCAAAGCUCUGAUGACCAACACCAAACUGAGGACUUUAACAUGGGACAGAAACAGUGUAACUGCCAGGGGUUUCCAGGAUGUUGCAGAUGCCUUAGAGAGGAACUUCACGCUGCAGCAGGUGUCGCUGCCCCUGGCUGAUAUCACACAGAGUUACCGCAGCAACCCUGAGAGAACAAAAGAUGCCCUGUCCAAGAUUCAGCAAUAUUUAGACAGAAACAACAAGAGACAGUGCGACCGGGAAGAACUUCAGCAAGUGUUUGGAACUCAACAUUCUGAAAAGUUGCUCCAAAGUAUGUGUCAACAGUUGGAGGACAGCCUUCAACAUUUAAGCCACUGUAACAUACAAGAAGUCCAGGCUGACAUCCUUUCAGCAAACGAGGUGCUGCAAAAUGCCAGGGAGUCUUUCAAGCUCCUUCCCUCUCUUUAUGAUAUGUGUGAGAACUGUACAUCUGAUGGAGACUUUGUGAACAGCCUCCUCACCAACGCUGCAACUGCAUUGGCAGAUGAGUUCUAUAGAACCACUCAGGAGUUGGUUCAAGGCCUGAAUAGAUAUGCAGAGACAGUGUGCCCAAGGAUUGUCCAGCUGUCGAGUGUGUCUGAGUGUCUGUCAGAGUGUGUGUCCAAAAGAAACAGACAGACACAUGUAUUCCUCAGAAGCACCCUGGUGGAAAACACAGGGCAUAUUAUCAGCAACAAAUUGAGGGAACUGAGACAAACGCUGAGUGUUACUGUGGCUGAAAGCAUUAUAGAACAGGUGCUCAAAGAUCUGACAACUGCACAGAGCAAAAUGGAUUGCCUUAUAAAAAUAAAUUCAUGCAACAAUCAGAGAAUCGAUAUCCCAGAGCUCCGGCUGGUUGAAAAUGACUUCCCAACUGAUGACUACAGUCCAGCCUUUUGGAGAAAUGAUUUGCAUUCCAAGAGCUUAAGGCCUGCCCCUUCAAUUAAGAGUCUAUUGGAUGCAGAUUGGGAGCGACAAAUCAGGGACAGGGAAGCAGAGAGAGAGAUGGGUGAAUAUGCUGGAGAGGAAGACGGAGAGGGAAGGCGUGUUCUCUCUCAGUAUCUAACAGCAACCCCACUGUCACUCAGAACCUCAGGCCCCUCCCCUUCUCCUUCCUCUUCCCCAUCCCCCUCGCCCCCAGGACAGAGGGGGAAAAGGCAGAAGGAGGGGGAGGUGGUGGCUGUGGAUGUUGUAGAAGCGAUAUCAGGCGCGAGAGGAGCAUCAUUGAUUCCUCCUCCGACUCGUCCCCUCUUUUACUCCAUCGCCACUCAAGCUCCAAAGGAAAAGACAGCCUGCCACAGAGGUUUACACAGAGGAGAGGCUCCCUUCCUCGGCUGUGGCCCCAGCCCACAUCCCCUCCCCAGCUCUGGAUCCUCCGUUUCUUCCAUGGAGCCUCUACCCACCCAGGGACAGACUCUAAGGCACUACACCGCCUACCGACCACGGCCACGGCGCACACACACGCAGCCCCCCUCCUCCAGGCCUCAGGAUCUACUCUCAAAGGUAGAGAUUGAGGCCAAAGUGGAUGAAGGAGUAGAGGAGUUCUUCACCAAGAAAAUUAUCCCUGACUAUGCACUAAAAAACAAGUGGGAGGAGUCAAACCCUGCACAAGCCACUCCUUCAGAAUCAAGCUCCACCCCCACAGCCUCAACUCCCCUUACCUCUUCAUCUGACAUUGUCACCUCCUCUAGCUCAGCCAUGGUCACCUCCUCUUCUGUUGCAUCUGCUGAUACAUCCUUUAUGUCCUCUGAUGUUCCACCCCUCUCUACAUCCUCCACUGCCCUCGACUCCUCUUGUGUCACCACCAUCACACUUCCUACCAGAAAUAUCAAGAGAAAGUUUGGUGACUUGUUCGCUUUCAAGAAGGCUCGAGCUGGGCGAGCUGUCAAGGCAGGUGGGGGAGAGGUAGGAGGGGGAGAGGUAGUUAAAGUCAAAAGGGCCUCCAUUGCAGACCUCAUUCGUCCCCUCCGUGAGGGCAAAGAAAGGGAGAGAGAGAGGAACAAGGAGAGAGAGAGAGAGAAAGGGUCAAGGUCACUAGAGGAUGCUAACAUUUCUAAUGAUGUCGCCACCACCACAGAAGGAAUCACCAGUCAUCAUCUUGCAGGUGAUGAAAGGGAAAAGACUGCAUCUGCCAAGAAAUUAACCAGUACGACACCUGUCAGUGACACAAAAACCAUUCAUCCCACCAUCACCACCAGCCCUGACUUCAUCACUGCUAUGCCCGCCAACCUGGAAAAAGAGGUCAUUCCUGUCUUGCCAGGUCACACCCCCAGUCCUGUGGUCAUUUCACCUCUAACUGAGCAGGGUACCCAGCUGGGCGGGACUCCGUAUGGAGUGAGGAGACUGAAGGUGACCAAGAGGUCUCUGAGAGAGGGCAAGAGCCAGAGUCUCAUUCUGCUGACAGCAUUAGAGCCUGAAGACAAGGAUAAUACACUUAGUAAGAAACAUGCAUCUGAGAGCACAUCUGGUUUUGAACAUAAGAUCCAGGUGAUGCUGCAAAGAAUGGGUAUGGCCAAAACUCCACCUUCUGACACCAAGAAUAAAGAUGAAGAACUAAUAAAGGCCAACUCUGAAGAUGCUAUUCUGGACAAGCCUGAACCACCUCGCAUAUACAGGAAGCCCAGAGCCAUGUCCACAUCAUCAGACCCCAAACAUCAUAUUGGAUCACUAGACCCCAUCAACCUGGAUCCUUUCCUUUACCCAACUAUCUCUGAGCACCCUAUUAACAACCUGCCACCAAAACCUGCUAUUGCAGCCAAACCUCCCAUCCCUACCCCGGGUUCUCCUGCACAAGGAGGAGUUUGUUCCGCUUCAGUAACUUCUUCUAGCAGCACAGCAGAGCCAGUCCUGCUCAGAGCCAUCAUGAAUGAUGGCAAGCCAGAAGAGACAACAAUACAGAAUGGAAGUCAGGAGGAUGCCCAGGGUGCAGCGUUCACUCUGUCCCCCAGGAAAGAACUGCUUCAUUCAACCUCGUCUUCUUGGAGGGUUCCUAUUGCACAACAUCAUUCUGAUAAAGCACAACCAGUGGCUGAGGAGAGUCCUCUUAAACUAUGCCAACGUAUGAAGCCCCUUCCACAACGUAGAGCUGUGUCAGUCCAUGAGGACACACUGGCCAUAACACAAGAGCUGAAGGCAGUGUUGCAGAGGUCACCCAUCCGUUUCCGGGCUAACAGAGAGGAUUUUCAAUCCUGCAUUGAAGCGCCAUCUAUUGCUUGUGACACAGGAAGAUACACAGAUAAAGAAACAAAUGACACUGAAAGGUCAAAGGACUUGAAGGCAGAGAAAAGAAAUGCAUGUCCUGGAGAUGCAGGAGCUGAAAACAAGCACCCCGUUCCAGGAAAGGAAAUGGACAGAGGCCCUGAAUGUUCCACCUCUACAGCUGAGACUCAACAAGAAGCAGCAGCAUGCCAUUUCUCCAGUCCAGCUGCCACUAAAUCAACCUUGGAAAAGUCUCUUGGAAUCCUCACAUCCCAGAAAAAGUGCUCCAACAUAGGUGCACCGUUGCCCAAAACUGUAGAAAAGCAUCUUGUUUCCCCACCACCACUAGAAACCCUCAAGCACAACCCUAGUUGCAUCUGACCCUUCAGAAAUCCUCUCUUCCAUAAGAAGAGCAGCACCAGCACCGUAUCAACUACAGUGUAUCUAAGAAACAGUAUAUGGGUGAAAGCAGAGACCGUCCCUAAACAGCACACAAUAAAAGGAGAGCCAGCAGACCAAAGGAUUGCACCCCCUCUGUCAGAAUUACAGAGAGAUUAAUUUGAGACACAUCUGAAAGAGACAGGAAACAGGGCUAUGUGACACUCUUGAAAUCAGAGGGUAGAGGAGGUCUGAAAAUACCGUGAAAGUUGUUCUCCUCUGUAGAAGCUGUGUCUAUGUCAGCUCUGUCUUGUACCAGAGGUCUUCUCUUUCAAUGUUGGGGACAUUUUGUUUGGUCAGUAUGCAUGUUUUUGAUUGUUUUUUUUGUUUUUUAGUUGUUCUGUACUAGCUUCUGUUUAGUUGGAAGCUUUUUAGCUGCUUUUGCUUUUUUUUUUUUACUUUAAAAGAAGUGCCAAGCAGAUUCAAAUUGUGUUAACUGUAUAUAUUUGGUAGGUGGUUUGUUUUUCAAGUUCAUGCUUAUUUACCACAAAAAUCAAAUAUGCAGUCUUUUGAGUGAAGUUUGAUGUCAGAAAUAAUGCUGAACUUAAUCCUGCUGUUUUGUUUCAGGCUCACUAUUUUUCAUAUAAUAGUAAUAAAAUUAAUUUUGCAUGUAGGGAUGUCACAAUUACUCGAUUUCACAAUUAAUCGCGUUAUUAAGCGCUACAAUCGUAACGUUUCCUGAAUACUCUCAGAAAAUAUUAUGGCGGAACCAUAUUUAGGUGCAACUCAAACCGAACAAAAACCAAGUUACGCAACACCCUGGUGUUGCCACGCCAGCGUGUGUUGCUUUGUUUUGGUCCCAGCAAGUUGCAGGUGAGAGGCGUGUAUGUGGGAAAAAUGGCAGAAGAGUUAUUCAGUGUCUGUGCAGUGACGCGUAGAAGAAAACGCCAUCUUUCUCCUAUCUGUGCAUAAACAUUGGGCUUGCACUUCCAGCUCGAUCCAGUGAUUGUACACUUGUGCUUCUAGUCCGUUUCAUGUUUUACUAAUUUGUUUAUGUCAUUGUAAUUUAAACAUAAAUAAAUUAACUAAAAUAAUAAGUUUUAUAUGUGGCCACAUAAAAUUAGACAAAUGAUUAAAGUGAUUAAAAAUAAACUCAAACAUCUUUUAUAGAUGACAAUUGAUGGCUUAAAUAAUUAAAACAAUUUUCCUGGGGGGUUAGUGAUUGGUCCUAUAUAAAUAGAUACUUGAAUAUACAAAUACAAAUAUUGGGUCAUAUAAUUAGUAAUAUAAUUAUAUUUUGGCAUCAAAAGAUAGAAACAUAGUAAACUUUAAGACCUUCAAGGAGUGUCCAUGUGAUUUUACAUGUGAAUAGAGUUGUGAAAUCGAUCAACACAUAAUAAUGGUGAUUAUCGUAAUAUCGUGAUAAAUUCUCUGACAAUAAUCGUACUAAGGAAAACUGUAAUUGUUACAUCCCUAUUUGCAUGAUAUCUGAGCACAUCUUUAAAACCCAGUGUCAAUCUGAGUCUGAAACUACACAGCUAGGGUCAGCUCAAAGAAUGACAAGAGUGUCCCUUGGGUCAUUGUUUAUUCUUAAUUGUACACUGUCUGCAAAAGGAUGGCUCAUUUACAACACACUUGUUAAUAUAUGCCAGCAACAGAUUUAUAUUCCCUCUUUAAACAUGUCAAUAUAAUUUGAGAAUGGUGCUUAUGGAUAGAAAAUGCUGACAAUACAUCUUAUUUCUUUUUCUUAUUUCUCGCCUUCUUUUUUUUUUUUUCCUGUGAUCAAGCAUUAGGGAAAAUCUAAAAACUAAAAGUUUAGGUUUUGUCUAAACCUGAUGUGAACAGACUCUUAAUACAGACAGAAAUGUUUCCCAACUUCCUGUGUAAAAAAACAUAAAACUUUGCAGAUUUACUUUAUUUUCUCUCUACAUUUGCGAUUAUUGCAAAUUAAUUUGCUUUAAAGUAUUGUAGCAAGUCCCAUUACAACAUCACAAGACAAGGUAUUUAGUGUUCUGGGUAUUUCUUUAUGUCUUUAUUUUAAACCUUUCAGAAACUUCAGAUUAGUACAUGACAUGCUAAAGCUAAGUUUUCUUCUAUAUAUUUCUGUGAUCACUUCAUUCUGUGAAAUUUAGAGCAAUUCAGGUUCAGUUGAUUCAUCAGCCAAAUGCUGUUUAUCAAAACACUCUGGAAUUACAGUUACAUAAUGAAUUUAGGUCUUAAGUACAGACUCUACUGGGUCAUACUACUACUAGGUUUCUCAAUACUUUCUUAAUUACUUUUUUUACUCAUUUAAAAAAAUUAAAAAAAAUAUGUAAUUUUCUUCCUGUUAUUCUACCACAGGUUAAUCUUAGUUUCAUCCGAAGUUUGCUGUACCAGAACUCCUUUGGCUUUUUUCUAGAUGUAUAGAUGUAUUUACUUUAAUAAAGGUUUCUCUUAAUAGUA